AUGGCGGAAGCUGCAGUGCAGCGUACCGGCGACGAGCGCCCUAUUGCAGCUCCACCGUCGGUGACUUGCAGGAGAAGCAGUGUUGCCUCGAGGUUGCACCACAGAGUUGUGUCAUGGGUGAGUUCUUUAGUCGCCGCACGGAUGGUCGUCAUCGAGCGCCGCCUCACAUCGCCGGAGACCGCCUUUCCCCUGUGUGUGUCGCCUCCAAGGAGUUGUAGCACCCGUGGCGGUGCUGCGUGGGGCUCCACCCUCCUUUAUUAUGUCGCGCCAUGCAGCAGGGUGGUGGGCGCGUCUCUCUUCCUGGGCGUCAAGAAGGACAACAAGGCGGCGGCAUCCUCGUCGGUGGCCAAGCCCGCCAAGACCGGGAGCGGGAAGCAGCAGCAGAAGAAGAAGAAGUGGAGCAAGGGAAAGCAGAAGGAGAAGCUCAACAAUGCUGUGCUGUUCGACCAGCCCACCUACGACAAGAUGCUGUCCGAGGCGCCCAAGUAUAAGCUCGUCACCCCCUCCGUCCUCUCCGAGCGCCUUAAGAUUAACGUGUCCCUGGCUAAGAGGGGCAUCAAGGACCUGAUAGCAAGGGGGCUCGUAAGGGAGGUGUCCCUUCAUGCCAGCCAGCAGAUUUUCACCAGGGCCACCAAUGUACCAUCGAGUUAGUUAUAUUUGCCAGCGGCGUUUUCUAGGCUAAUAAGAAGUUGAUACCCUUGUAUUUAAGUCGGCGUUUUCCUAGUCCAGUACUAGGCUAAUAAGAAGUUGAUACCCUUGUAUUUAAGUCUACUUUUCAGUCAGUACGAAUAGUGUUGAAUUAUCUUACUUUUCGAUCUUUGUUUGUGGGCUUGUAUAUUUGAAUAGCGCCUUGA